GAGCCAUCGCUGCACUCGAGAGCUGCAGAGUUUUGUUGGGUGGCAGGUUCUGUCUGGAUUCUAUUAGAGCUAAGUUCUACACUGAUGGAGAGGAUGCAAAUGCAGGAGCUGCUGCUUGGAUUGCAACUGCCUGAACUGGACAGGCUGACACAGCUGCUUCACUCAGUGCCAGCAUCAGCAUUGGUUGGUCUUGGUGCUUUGACUGCCAUCUUCACCUACUGGCUAGCAACACGCCCGCGUGCCAUCAAGCCUCCAUGUGACCUUCAACACCAAUCUGAAGAAGUUGAAGGUGGUGGCCAUCGAUCGAUGAUACCUGACAGUCCCAAGCUUCUUACACACUACCAUGAAGACGCCAAAACCUUGUAUGAGGCUUUCCAGCGAGGGCUGCGUAUAACGGGUGAUGGACCAUUCUUAGGUUACCGCCUCCCAAAUCAACCCUACAAAUGGCUGUCUUAUCGAGAGGUAACAACACGUGCAGAGCAUCUGGGCUCUGGGUUACUGUCUCAGGGGUGCCUACCCAAUCCUGACCAGUUUAUUGGAGUGUUUGCACAAAACAGGCCAGAGUGGCUAAUCUCAGAGCUGGCUUGUUACACAUACUCUAUGGUGGUGGUACCACUUUAUGACACACUGGGACCUGAUGCCAUUAGACACAUUAUCAACACGGCGGAAAUCUCAACAGUAAUCUGUGAUAAGCCUGAAAAGGCAAAGGUGCUUGUGGAAAAUGUGGAGAAGAAGGAUACACUGAGCUUAAAGAGAAUCAUCAUCAUGGACCAAUUUGACUUGGAGCUCGUUGAGUGGGGCAAAAAGUGUGGUGUUCACAUCCAGGCCCUAAAAGAUGUUGAGGACUUAGGAAAAGAACAUUACAAAAAACCAGUGCCUCCUCGACCAGAUGACCUUUCAAUUGUCUGUUUUACCAGUGGUACUACAGGAAAUCCAAAGGGUGUGAUGCUCACACAUGGAAAUGUUGUUGCUGAUUUUGCUGGCUUUCUAAAAGUUACUGAUAAAGUCAUAUUUCCGAAUCAAGACGACGUCCUCAUUUCCUUCCUGCCCCUCGCACACAUGUUUGAGCGUCUUAUUGAGGCAGUGGUGUACUGCCAUGGAGGAAGGAUUGGCUUUUUCCAGGGUGACAUCCGUCUCCUUUCAGAUGACAUGAAGGCUCUGCGGCCUACAAUCUUUCCUGUGGUGCCUCGACUGCUUAACCGCAUGUAUGACAAGAUCUUCAGUCAGGCAAAUAGUCCUGUAAAACGCUGGCUCCUUAAUUUUGCUGCGAAGAGAAAAGGUGCAGAGGUCAUUGGUGGCAUAAUCCGUAGCGACAGUAUAUGGGAUAAGAUCUUCUUUCACAGGAUUCAGGCCAGUUUGGGUGGAAAACUUCGCAUGAUAAUAACUGGUGCAGCUCCCACCUCUCCCACAGUACUAAGCUUCCUGAGAGCUGCGCUGGGUUGUCAGGUGUAUGAAGCUUACGGACAGACAGAAUGCACUGCUGGCUGCACUUACACCACCCCUGGAGACUGGACUUCAGGUCAUGUGGGUGCACCACUACCAUGCAACCUCAUUAAACUUGUGGAUGUGCCAGAGAAAAACUACUUCGCCUCAAAAGGAGAGGGGGAGGUAUGUGUUAAGGGCCCAAACGUUUUUAAAGGCUAUCUAAAAGACCCAGAUAAGACAGCAGAGACAUUGGAUGCUAACGAGUGGCUCCACACAGGAGACAUUGGGAAAUGGUUACCGAAUGGCACAUUAAGGAUCAUUGACAGGAAGAAGCACAUUUUUAAGCUGGCACAGGGUGAGUACAUUUCCCCUGAGAAGAUUGAGAACAUCUAUAUUCGCAGCGAGCCAGUGUCUCAGCUUUAUGUUCAUGGAGACAGCCUACAGUCUUGUCUCGUUGGAAUAGUGGUUCCAGAUGCUGAGGUGUUGCCUUCAUGGGCACAAAAAAAGGGUUUAGAGGGUUGCUACAAUGAUCUGUGCAAGAAUGUGGAACUGAAGAAGGCCAUCUUGGAUGACAUGGUGCGUUUGGGCAAAGCCAGCGGCCUCCACUCAUUUGAGCAAGUAAAAGACAUCUACAUUCACAAUGAGAUGUUCUCCAUACAAAACGGAUUGCUGACCCCGACGUUAAAAGCCAAAAGGCCAGAGCUUAAAGAAUAUUUCAAGCUGCAGAUAGAACAGCUGUACAAUAACAUUUCCAUGUAAACGUUUUCCAUUGAUAAAUGGGGCCUAUUAAGUAAAAAAACAUUUGUUUUUAAAUUUCCUUGUUUAAAUUUUUAGCUGAGACAAAAGCAUGCAAAAUGAGCCAUGCAUGCAAGCUGGAGUGUCUAAGUAGCAGACUUAAAGAAGAACAGCCCUUUUUUGGCCGAGGAUAUUAAUAGGUGGUGCCUUUGGGAAAAGUGUCAUAGCUUAAACCAAAUUUGUCUCCUCCAAAAAGCAGUAUGAGCACCAGCUAGAGUGCAUGUUUUGUUUAUUUAUUUAUAACAGACUGACCAAGCAAUAUUGUUCUCUUAAUUGCUAUUUAUCUAAAAUUCCAUUUUAAUUGAAAUCAUAAGACAACAAAACAGCCCUUUCUGAACAAGUAACAAUGCAUGCUGUUUAAAAAUACACACAUACAUGCACACACGUACACAACUAAUAUUUAUUAAUCAGUGGUGGUAGAACGCUGUUAUACAGAGAGUAAAUUUUCCCAUUUGAUGCAAAUGGACAUUUUGGAGUUUUAAGCAUAAUGGCCCUUAUUUAUCAAAGUUGUGUAUGGUCUAGAUUGAUUGUAA